AUGCUGGCCAUGACUGACCUCAUCUUGUUCACUACUACAGUGCCCAAACAUCUCAAUAACUUCUUGCUUGGCUCCCAGGAAAUAAACUUCCCUGGAUGUCUCACCCAGAUGUUCUUCCUCCACUUCAGCUUUGUUGUGGAUUCAGCCAUCCUAUUGGCCAUGGCAUUUGAUUGCUACGUAGCCAUCUGCUUCCCCUUCAGAUACACCACCAUCCUGGCUCCGCAGGAGAUCGUUAAGCUUGUGGUGAGCCUUGUUGUGAGAAGCUUCUCUGUCAUUCUUCCAGAUGUUUUCCUGCUGAAACGGUUGCCCUUCUGCAGAACACGCAUUAUUCCACAGACAUACUGUGAGCAUAUAGCUGUUGCUCAGCUUUCCUCAGCUGACAUCUCUGUCAACAUCUGGUAUGGAUUUGCUGUACCUCUCAUGACAGUCAUCUCAGAUGUGAUAUUUAAUGCUGUUUCCUACACCUUCAUCCUCCAUGCUGUCCUUCAACUCUCAUCCCAGGGUGCCUGCCAAAAGGCACUGGGUACCUGUUGCUCCCAUGUCUGUGUUAUCCUCAUGUUUUAUACACCCGCUUUCUUCUCCAUCCUCACUCAUCGCUUUGGGCACAGUGUCCCUUGA